GGCGGCCCCGGGCUCGGGCGGCUGGGAUGGAGCAGAAGCGCGCGGAGCACUGGAGGGCACGCAGCUGACGGAGCCGGGCUGCGUUCGCCUCGUCUGCCUCGCGCCUUGCACUGUAGCUGUCCGCGCCUCCCGGCUCCCACCGCAGCCCACCCGGCAGAGGAGUCACUACCGGCGCCCAGUGCGCUCUGUCAGUCCGCAAACUCCCUGCCGCCCGCUCCGGGCUUGGCACCAAACACCAGGCUACCAUGGUCUGCAAGACUCUCUUCGCUCUUUGCAUCUUAACGUCAGGAUGGAGGGUACAGAGUCUGCCGACAUCAGCUCCUUUGCCCGUUUCUCUUCCGGCAAACACUAUGCCACCGAUCACCAUCUGGACUAGCUCUCCACAAAACACUGAUGCAGACACUGCCUCCCCAUCCAAUGGCACUCACAGCAACUCAGUGCUCCCAGUUACAACAUCAGCCCCAACAUCUCUGCUUCCUAAGAACAUUUCCACAGAGUCCAGAGAAGAGGAGAUCACCAGCCCAGGUUCGAAUUGGGAAGGCACAAACACAGACCCCUCACCUCCUGGGUUCUCGUCAACAAGCGGUGGAGUCCACUUAACAACCACUUCGGAGGAACACAGCUCGGGCACUCCUGAAGCAGGCGUGGCAGCUACAGUGUCGCAUUCCGCUGCUGAGCCUCCCACACUCAUCUCCCCUCAAGCUCCAGCCUCAUCACCCUCAUCCCUAUCAACCUCACCACCUGAGGUUUUUUCUGCCUCCAUUACUACCAACCACAGCUCCACUGUGACCAGCACCCAACCUACUGGAGCUCCAACUGCAUCAGAGUCACCGACAGAGGAGUCCAACUCUGAUCACACACCCACCUCACAUGCCACAGCUGAGCCAGUGCCCCAGGAGAAAACAUCCCCAACAACUGUGUCAGGCAAAGUGAUGUGUGAGCUUAUAGACAUGGAGACCACCACCACCUUUCCCAGGGUGAUCAUGCAGGAAGUAGAACAUGCAUUAAGUUCAGGCAGCAUCGCCGCCAUUACUGUGACAGUCAUCGCCGUGGUGCUGCUGGUGUUUGGAGUUGCGGCCUACCUAAAGAUCAGGCAUUCCUCCUAUGGAAGGCUUUUGGACGACCACGACUACGGGUCCUGGGGAAACUACAACAACCCCCUGUACGAUGACUCCUAACAACGGAAUAUGGCCUGGGAUGAGGAUGAACUGUUCUUUAUUUAUAAGUGCUUAUCCAGUAGAAUUAAUAAGUACCUGAUGCUCAUUGAACGACAAUCUUAAGUCCUGUUUUGUUGGUAUGGUUGUUUUUGUUUUCCUCCCUCUCCUCUGGCUGCUACAACUUCCCCUUUCUGGUACAAAAAACCAUUCUUUAAAGGUGAGUGGAGGCUGAUUUGCCACUGAAGUGGGCCAGCCUUGCACCAGCCAGGCCAGACCACCAUGGUGGAGGCUUCUUUCCCCACUGCAGGACCCACUUUGAGAAGGACCGAGGAGGAGGAUUUGGGUUGUUUUGUCAGGGGUUACUUUCAGGGGAACAUUUCAUUUGUGUUAUUUCUUAAACUUCUAUUUAGGAAAUUACAUUAAAUAUUAAUGAGGGAAAAGGAAAUGAGCUCUAUGAGGAUUUCACCCUGCAUGGGAGAGAGCAGGGUUUUCUCAGAUUCCUUUUUCAUCUCUAUUUAUCUGGUUGUUUCUGACAGGAUGCUGCCUGCUUGGCUCUACAAGCUGGAAAGCAGCUU